UUUUUUUUUUCUUGCCCAUCAGAAGAACAGACGUCAAAUUAUCACCUGGGAGGGGCCAGGUUGGAGAUGCUGAUGCUGCGAUCCGACUGUACGCAUGCGCAUUGUUAUCUCCCGUAUUUCAUCACAUCUUUUUGUGUUACUGCACCGACAUAUUCAGCCACCGUGCUUGUCCAGAGAGGAUUGUGCGACCAUGACAUCUCGUGUCGGCCCCAGAACAGCCAGCACAAAUGGAAAUGACUUCAAAUACAGAGAGAAGGUGGCCCCACAUUACCAGAUGAGUGCUUCCCUGAAGUCAGAGGUGCGGAAGCUGAACUGGGUCCACCUUCUGAUCUGGUUGCUAGUGGCCGCGCAGGUGACUGUGAGCCACUUAAACCUGGUGUCACAGGACACGGUGUCCAUACCGUACCAGUGGGAGUACCCCUACCUGCUCAGCCUCAUUCCCCUGCUCUGCAGCAGCCUGUCACUCCCGAAGAACAACAUCAGCUACCUGGUCAUAUCCAUGAUCAGUGCUGGGCUCUUCUCUGUGGCGCCGCUCAUUUAUGGCGGCAUGGAGAUGUUCCCCGUGGCCCAGCAGCUCUAUCGCCACGGAAAAGCUUACCGCUUCAUUUUCGGCGUCUCCGCCGUGACUGUUAUGUACCUCAUAAUGGUGGUGGCUGUUCAAGUGCAUGCGUGGCAGAUAUAUUACAUGAAAAAGCUUUUAGAUUCGUGGUUCGAUGCCACUCAGGAAAAGAAGAAGAAGUGACGGCGCAGAAGCAAUCUCUACUGGAAAAUGUGUGUUUUUAUUCUAUUUAUUAAAUUGUCUGAGUUUCAUUCAGGUCUAUUUAUUUGGUCAGAAAUAUCACACAGCAAAGUAUAUUUAGGAUCCUAGAACAGCAAUAUUUAUCAAAAGCAACAGGUUAAGCAUGCGUCUUUUCUCAGCAGUAACCAAUGGAAUUUUUUGCACCUUCUUCAGUAUUAAGCCGGCUUCUGCUUUCCUCUAAAAACAAUGAAAGGCAACUCAGGUUACAAUUAUUUACAUUUGAGGGCGUCACACAUACACAACAAUAAAGACGCAGAAUGUGUCACUGUAUACAUUUUGCUUCUGAACUCUCGCUGCGUUCGUAACAGGUGGUGUGCAUUUUCUGAUUUGAUGACAUUACGACUAUGUUACCAGUUAUGUAAAUUAUGAUGAUGUCUCACUAUUAUUUUCAGCAAAAUUAGAACCAUUAAAGAAGACAUGUGAUCAA